GUACCUGUCCACACCUGCAGAGAGUUUAGAGUCUGAAGAAAAUAGAGAGGUGUCUGUCGGUCAGGGAGAGAAGGGGGGAAUGUUGAGAGGUCAGUGAACCGAAGCUGAGGGCUGAGAUCCGGACUGAGCAGGUCCAGGUUCUGCCUUAUUCCACCUGGAUAAAUCUGGAUCCACCUGGAUCCAGAUUUCUCAACUCUGACUUGAAGCAGGAAGUGAAGAAGCAGCAAACAUGGGCAGCAAGGAACGGUACCACUGGCAAGCCCAGAAUGUGAAAGUGAGUGGGGUGGACGACAUGGUUCUACUGUCCAAGAUCAACGAGGACGCCAUCACAGACAACCUGAAGAAGAGAUACAUGGAUGACUACAUCUUCACCUAUAUUGGCCCGGUUCUGAUCUCGGUCAACCCAUUUAAACAGCUGCCAUACUUCACUGACAGAGAGGUGGAGCUGUACCAGGGAGCGGCUUCAUACGAGAACCCUCCCCACAUCUACGCUCUGGCCGACAACAUGUACCGGAACAUGAUGAUUGACAGCGAGAACCAGUGCGUCAUCAUCAGCGGUGAAAGUGGAGCUGGAAAAACUGUCGCCGCCAAAUACAUCAUGAGUUACGUGUCUAAAGUGUCCGGAGGAGGAGAACGAGUGCAGCACGUUAAAGACAUCAUCUUGCAGUCCAACCCCCUGCUGGAGGCCUUCGGAAACGCUAAGACUGUCCGUAACAACAACUCCAGCAGAUUUGGAAAAUACUUUGAGAUACAGUUCAGCCGAGGAGGAGCACCUGAUGGAGGAAAGAUCUCUAACUUCCUUCUUGAGAAAAGCCGAGUCGUCUCCCAGAACCCCGGAGAAAGAAACUUCCACAUCUACUACCAGCUCCUGAACGGAGCCAGCAGGGAGCAGAGGGAGAACCUUGGGGUCACAACCCCCGACUACUACUACUACCUGAACCAGUCUGGAACCUACACUGUGGAGGACGUCAACGACAAGAAGGAAUUUGCCGACACCAUGGCUGCGAUGUCAGUGGUGGGCCUCUCUUUGGACGAGCAGGAUUCGGUUCUCCAGCUUGUUGCUGCAAUUCUUCAUCUGGGAAAUAUCGGCUUCAGAGAGGAGAACAAUUAUGCUGCGGUGGAGAGCCAGGACUUCCUGGCCUUCCCGGCCUACCUGCUGGGGAUACCUCAGGACGGUCUCUGCAGCAAACUCACCAGUCGGGUCAUGGACAGUAAGUGGGGCGGGAAGACGGAGUCCAUCGCUGUCACUCUAAACAUGGAGCAGGCCUGUUUCUCCAGAGAUGCGCUGUCCAAAGCACUGUACACCCGGCUAUUUGACUACCUGGUGGAUUGCGUUAAUAAAGCCAUGCAGAAGAAGACGGAGGAGCUCAACAUCGGGGUCCUCGACAUCUACGGCUUUGAGAUCUUCCAGCGAAACGGCUUUGAGCAGUUCUGCAUCAACUUUGUGAACGAGAAGCUUCAGCAGAUUUUCAUUGAGCUCACCCUGAAGGCCGAACAGGAGGAAUAUGUUCAGGAAGGGAUCAAAUGGACUCCAAUUGAGUAUUUUAACAACAAAGUGGUCUGUGACCUUAUAGAGUCUAAACUGAAUCCUCCUGGAAUCAUGAGCAUCCUGGAUGAUGUUUGCGCUACGAUGCACGCCAAAGGUGAGGGGGCGGAUCAGACGUUGCUACAGAAGCUGCAGGGACAAAUUGGAUCGCACGAGCACUUCAGCAGCUGGAACAAAGGCUUCAUUGUCCACCACUAUGCUGGCAAGGUGUCAUAUGAUGUUGGCGGGUUUUGUGAGCGGAACAGAGAUGUUCUUUUCAAUGACAUCAUCGAGUUGAUGCAGAGCAGCGAGUUUCCGUUCAUCAAAGCUUUGUUUCCGGAGAACCUGGAGGCUGAGAAACGAGGACGACCAAGCACUGCCAGCAGCAAGAUCAAGAAACAAGCCAAUAGUCUGGUCCAGACCCUGAUGAAGUGCACCCCCCACUACAUCCGCUGCAUCAAACCCAACGAGACCAAACGACCCCGAGACUGGGAAGAGAACCGAGUCAGGCAUCAGGUGGAGUACCUGGGGCUCCGGGAGAAUAUCAGAGUCCGUCGAGCUGGAUAUGCCUACCGACGAGUCUUCAACAAGUUUCUGCACAGGUACGCCAUCUUGACCAAAGAGACCUGGCCUGAAUGGAGGGGUGAGCAGCGGCAGGGAGUUCUGCACCUUCUCCACUCAGUCCAUAUGGACCAGGAUCAGUUCCAGCUGGGAAAGGCUAAAGUUUUCAUCAAAGCUCCAGAGUCUCUUUUCCUGUUGGAGGAAAUGCGGGAGAGGAAGUAUAAUGGUUACGCUCGUGUCAUUCAGAAGGCUUGGCGCAAACACAUUGCUGUCCGCAAAUACGUCAAAAUGAGGGAGGAAGCCUCUGAUGUCCUCCUGAACAAGAAGGAACGCCGCAGAAACAGCAUCAACAGGAACUUUGUGGGCGACUACAUCGGUACCGACAACCAUCCUGAGAUCCGACAGUUCGUGGGUCGGAGAGAGAGGAUCGACUUUGCAGACGUGGUGGUGAAAUUUGACCGGAGAUUUAAGACAGUGAAACGGGACCUCAUCCUGACCCCAAAGUUCCUGUAUUUGAUUGGCCGAGAGAAGGUGAAGCAGGGUCCCGAUAAAGGCCAGAUUCAAGAGGUUCUAAAGAGGAAGAUUGAACUGAACAGGAUCCAGUCAGUUUCUCUCAGCACUCUGCAAGAUGACCUCUUCAUCAUACACGAGGAUGAGUACGACAGCGUUCUUCAGAGCGUCUUUAAGACAGAGUUCCUCAGUCUGUUGGUGAAACGCUAUCAGGAGAAAACCGACAAGAAGCUGUCACUGAAGUUUAAUAACCUUCUGGAGUUUAAGGUGAAGAAGGGACGCCAUAUUUUUAGCUCGUCAGGCUCCAGGCAGAUCCAGUUCCAGGUGGGUCAGGGAGAUGAGGCGGUGCUGAAACCCAGCGGGAAGGUUUUGCAGGUCUCCAUUGGACCGGGUCUCCCUAAAAAUUCCAGACCGACAAGGAAAGACAAGCGCAAGAGCCGGUACAUGGGGAACCAGUCCACCCCCGCCAACCAGAACACCUCAGUGUCUCACAGCAGGGGUGGCGGAGCACCUAGAGGCCACGCCCCCAUCUCAAGAGGGUCCACUCUGAGGACUCAGUCCAGUAUGGAGCAGCCCACCCUGCCUCGCCUCCACAACCAGAACCGUCCCGGUAACCAGCUUCCCCAGAACCAGGACAUGGGCUUCAUGAAUGUCCCAGAUCAGGGCGCUGCAGGGCUCCACAGGCGCCUUUCAAAGGAGGUGAAACCAGUUCCAGGAGCGGGCCGACCCAAACCGAAGCCCCGGUCUCCUCAAUGCAAAGCUCUGUACGCGUAUGAUGCCCAGGAUACGGACGAGCUCAGCUUCAACACCGACGAUAUCAUAGAGAUACUGACCGAAGAUCCAUCAGGUUGGUGGUUUGGUCGGCUGCGGGGCAAAGAGGGAAUGUUCCCUGGAAACUAUGUGGAGAAGAUCUAGAUCUCCAAGUUUCAGGGACUCUGAGGUUCUGAUCCUGCAGCUGUGGAUCGGGUCAGAGGUCGCUGACAAAAAAUUUAGAUCCCUGGACACUCGAGAAACAAACAGAUGCAUGUUCCCUCAGUCAUUCACCCAGAGUUUUAUCAUCCUCGGAGGUCAGGGGUAGGUCCUGGUCCAGCCGGUUCCGGAGUAUUCCUGGAAAAAGCCUCAGAGUCUGAAUAAAUGUUUCCGGCUCUCUGAUCACCUCAGGUACUUUUAAAGGAGCGGUCCAAUCAAUGUUUACAUCAGAAUAACCACAGACCUA